CAUGCAUCCGUCGUCUUCCAAGGUGCUCUCUGUUACUUACAAUUACCUAAGUCUAUGGCCAUAACAACAAUGUUAACAGCAUUAUUGUGUUCGGCAGUUAGAGGUAAGAUACGGGACUAUUCCCACGUCUCGUUCCCACCGCUGCAACUCCUGUGUAGCCAGGAUCUACAGCUUGACCGCCAGCAACCCAACCAGUGAAGGUCAAGUUUGUCCCGGGGAAAGUUAACUGUCAUUAGACCCGCAACGAAAUUAAUCAGAAGAACAUAAGAGGAGUUCGAAGUUAAGAGAAUGGAUAAGCACGCCACCCACCGGAUCGUCGGCCAUGGAGUAUGCAUGUUACUGCAAGUGCUCAUCUUCUUGAAUAUGCACAGGAAACUUGAGAAGAACUUGGCCACCCAUCCUGAGCUGCAAGACUUUGCUGUCAUGCUCCCAAGGUUCAUGACGUUAUGGAACGUGGGUUUCCAAGUCAUGUAUUCAUAUCUUGCACUUGCUUGCGACUUCACAACCGGUUUCAAGAUUGAAUCAGUAGUUCCAACUUGGUUAAGGAAGUUCAGAUUCACUUUUGCUGUUGGGGUUCUGUAUCCUUGGUCUUCGGCAAUAUUAGCUUUCUGGGUGUUCUUUUUCUAUGACCGAGAGCUGAUACUACCUCAACACCUGGACAUCGUCGUUUCACCCGCAUGUAAUUUUGUAUGGCAUGGAUUUAUCAUGGUAUACGCCUUAUGGGAGUUGAAAUUCCUACCGCAAUUACAAAAGACAUUGGCGAGCUUCACGUUAUUGAUCACCACCACCUGUCUGUAUACAGGAGUAUUAUUCUACACCAGAUACGUAGACCUCGGAAGAUGGCCGUACGCCAUUCUCGCGCUGAACGAAGGGACGAAAUACGAGAGCAUUGUAAUCUGGGUGGUUGCUCUCGGUGGCAUUUAUAAUUAUUUCGUCCAGUUUCGACUCAAAAACUAUUUGGAGGGACGUCAAAAUAAGUUAUGUACAUAA